AUGGCUUUCAAGGUGCGGCUCCUCUUGGGCGCUCGGCGGCUGGUGCUUCUGCAACCGCCGCGGUUUUCCAAGGGCGCAUCCACGGUAGCGAGCGCACCGAAGGCACCCGGCUCGGGGAUGGCUGCGUACAUCCUGCGGACGGGUCUUCGAGGCAUGCGAGGCGUGUGCACCAUCUCUGGCGGCAUCGGCUUGACCGUCUUUGGGCUCGUCAUCUGCCCCUACGUCAGUUCACGGUCACCGAUUGGACAGGAAGAGCGAUCUUCACUGGAGCAGGAUUUGCUCGGGAUUGUGGCCUUCGACUCGUCUCGAGAGCUGCUGGUGGCUUCAGAGCUCUUCGCAGCUGUGCGCGAGAUGCGAAUGCCUCCGGUGUCCUUCCAUGACUUGCAGCGACCCUUCUUCUUCCGCCUUUUUGAAUGGGUCGGCCGCUUCACCUUUGCAUGCUAUUCCGAUGCUUCCGGUGUAAUGACGCUUGACGAGUUCAAGUGCGCCGUUCACAAAAUGAUCGAUUUGGUCUUGGAGGCACACAGCCUGUCGCAAGGAAAGGCUGCUGCUCCUGCUGAAGCACGCGCCCAAGCGGUGCGCGAGCUCACCAAGCAUGUGGUCCCAGCCGUCUUCCGAGUUCUGGACUUUGAUCAGAACGGAAGCAUUGGCGCCUUUGAGUUCAUCCGCGGAGCGCUGCUCUUGCUUGCAACCGUGCAGGGUGCUCCGUUAGAUACGCCGCAGUUGGCAGACUUGGCCUUCCGAGUGGUUGACGCAGAUGCAGAUGGUUUGGUUACGAGCGCCGAACUGCUCCGAUGGGUCACGCUGGCCUUGGAGCAUGGGGUGACUUCUGCAGACGUGCUUCAAGAGCCUCGGGGGCCAUUUGGGUGGUUUGGAACCCGCAUACUGACGCCAGCACAACUUGCAAAAAGAUGGCUCGCGGAGGCUGACUUCGAUCGUGAUGGAAAGCUCCUCCCACAGGAGUUCGCCGUCCUAGCUCCGCGACUUCGCAUCCAUCAGACGAUCGGCCGGAUGGCCGGCUGGGCUGGCCAUUUUAAUGUUAGCUGUUCCCGACUGCGAUAUGUUUCUGCGCAGCUUGAAAAGGUCCAGAAGAUGCUGGAAAACACUCGUGGGGAAGAGUGGCCUGCCCUCUGCCAGGCAAUUCGGAACGUGGAGAGCCAGUUGAAUUCCACGGGGGGUGCUGCCGGUGGCAGAGAGGACCCCAGAGAGGUGUUCAAGCACAUCCUGACUCAUUUGAAUAAGGAGACAGGGGCGCAGCAGUGA